UUGAAUACAAACGGGCAAAAGCUAUUUUCUAAAGGAAAGAAGACUAAGCUGGAAUCUCUUGUUUACCUUUGCCUCUUUGUUUACAUCCUUCGAGACAACUCUCUCAAAAUGGUUGUUCGAUGGCGGGCGACAUAGUUCAUCUCAUCCAUGGAAGAUGAGACUUUAAACCCUAACCCUAAUACUUGAACUUUUCAAUUAGGGUUUCUGUCGUCAAUAGUUCCUCCCUUAACAUCCCUUCAACCUGAUGCCGAUCGACGCCGUUCCAAAGCCGGCUGCUCCUUCGCCGAUUCUCGAUCGAUUUCGGCUCCUUCUUAAGGAAAGAGAAGCAGAUUUUAGGGUUUCUAAUGGCUUCAACGACGUCGUUUCAGUUCCUCCACCAUCUACUGAUGAGAUUGUAAGAUUUUACGAAGAUGUCCUCGCUGAAUUAACUUUUAAUUCGAAGCCAAUAAUCACAGAUCUUACUAUUAUUGCUGGUGAACAAAGAGAACAUGCUGAGGGUAUUGCUGAUGCUAUUUGUGCUAGGGUAUUAGAGGUUCCUGUAGAUCAAAAGUUGCCCUCUUUGUAUUUAUUGGAUAGCAUUGUCAAGAAUAUUGGUCGUGAAUAUGCUAGGCACUUUGCUUCUCGUUUGCCAGAGGUGUUCUGUGAGGUUUAUAGACAAAUCCCUCCAAAUUUGCAUACUUCAAUGCGACAUCUAUUUGGAACCUGGUCCACUGUCUUUCCAUCAACUGUUCUUCUAAAGAUAGAAGAUGAAUUGCAGUUCUCCCCAAGGGUAAAUCAACCACCUUCCAACUUAGCUAGCAUAAGGGCUUCAGAAUCCCCUCGGCCCUCUAUACAUGUCAAUCCCAAAUAUUUGGAAGCAAGACGACAUUUUGAUGAUUCAACAAUUAAUAAAAAUAUCUCAUUUGAGAGGGGGGGGUCCAACUUAAAGACACUGGGUCAGAAGCAUUCUAUUGAACAUGAAGAUUAUGAAUAUUAUCAAGGAGAAGGCACAACCUCUCAUGUUGAUUCUAAAAGGUUAAAUUAUACGGGAUAUGGUGGCCGUUCAUCUUUUCCAUUGUCAACAGAUAAGUUGCUCACACCUGUGAGUGGUCUGGCUCGGCCUUUAUCACCUUCAGUUGAAGAAUUUUCUGUCUCCAGCUCACCAGGAAGGGUGUUUGAUAGAGUGUCUCCAUCUCGUCCAGGAUAUAAUCAUGGGCGUAAGAGAGGAAGAGGCGAAGAAAUUAGCGACUGGCAGAAAAGACAUCACGCCAACGAUUCUUAUCGUGGUUUUGAAAAUGUUGCUAACUAUGGUUUUAGCAACAUUUAUGAACAUGACAGGCCAAGGGCUUUGAUUGAUGCUUAUGGCCAUGACGAUGGGCAAAGGCCUUUGAAUGAGAAACCUCUGGGUAUGAAUGGCCUGAAUGUGAAUGGUGUAUUUAGUAAAAUUCCUGAAACCUCAUGGCAGAACACUGAAGAAGAAGAAUUUAACUGGGAAGAUAUGAACCCUACAUUAGCCGAUGGGAAGACCAGGAAUGCAACUCUGCCGCCCAGAGUUGUUGGAGCUAUGCCUGAUAUUAGUUCUCUCAGCUCCAGGCAUGUUGAUCCCAUUUUCAGAAGGAAUGGGGCAGCGUCUAAUCAGAUAUCUGGGCUAGGGAAUUCUUUAAAAGCAGUUGAAGAUGGUAAAUUAUCUCGUGUUCCAAGAAAUGAGAUGAAUCAUUCUCAGGGAGCUUGGAAGUUGCAUGCUAAUCUUUCUGUACCUGCAGCUGUUACUGGCAGAGAAAAUAUAAAUGCAAAUGGAGGGUCUUCAUCUUUGUUUGAUGAAAAACCUUUUUCAGCUAAUCAAUUUUCUGCAGUCCCAAUGCAGCUUAGUGAGGUCUCUAAUGUUAUCUCUAGAGUUGCUUCGUCAGGUUCUAACUCCCUUGAAGUAAGAGCUCCUUCGCCUGUUGUGUCAACAGUUCCAACUGUCUCAUGGUCUUCUACCACGAGUUCACCUAAUAUGCUGCCUUUGCCACCUGUGCAUCCACCACAAAAACAUCCUAGAGCAUCUUUUGAUUUUAGAAACCAUAGUUAUAGUAUAAUCAAUCAAGGCCAUCAACACUCUGAAACUGAUGACAAAAGAAAUUUGAUUCCUGUAAAGCCGGCACAGCGCCCUCAGUUUAGCUUUACUCCUUUGCCCCAUUUAACACAGCAACCACCAUCAUUUCAGCAGCAAUUGCAUCGGCCUCAAGAGCCUCGACAGAAUGCUGUCCCUACUGUUUCUCCUCUACCACCGCAGAUGAGACUGCCAUCUGCUAGCCUUGGAUAUACACCAGUGGGUCAUGGGUUUGGCUCUAAUAAUAUCAUCCGCAAUCCAGUAUCUGGUCCUCAUCCUGCUAUGCCCAUUUUAAAUGUGCCCAAUGGUUCUGUGCACUUCCAUGCACCUAUGGCACCACUCCCUCUAGUCCCUCGCCCUGUCACUCAAUUUCUACCGCUUCCACAGAGUUCUGGUCCCCUUACUAACCAACCACCGGCUGCUGCUAUUUCUGGUUUACUUAAUUCUCUUGUUUCCCAAGGUUUAUUGAAACAAACUCCUGUACAGGAUUCUCUUGGAUUGGAGUUUAACCCCGACCUUCUUAAAGUGCGUUAUGAUUCAGCCAUAAAGGCUUUGUAUGAUGAUCUACCCAGACAGUGCACCACAUGUGGCCUGCGUUUCAAGACUCAAGAAGAACACAGUAAGCAUAUGGAUUGGCACGUGACUAAGAAUCGAAUAUCAAAAAACCGUAAACACAAUCCUUCUCGUAAGUGGUUUGUCAGUGUGAGUAUGUGGCUCAGUGGUGCGGAAGCGCUGGGGACUGAUGCAGCGCCUGGAUUUUUGCCAACUGAAAGUGUUGUUGAAAAGAAAGAUGAUGAAGAGAUGGCAGUUCCAGCAGAUGAGGAUCAGAAUACCUGUGCCUUGUGUGGAGAACCUUUUGAAGAUUUUUAUAGUGAUGAAACUGAAGAAUGGAUGUACAAAGGAGCUGUGUACCUGAAUGCACCUUGCGGGUCAACUUUAGGUAUAGACAGGUCACAGCUUGGCCCUAUUGUGCACGCAAAAUGUAGAUCUGAUACUAGUGGUGCCCCGACCUGAAGAACCAAGGGCAUUCGAGAGGCUUCACAAAGGAUACACAUGAGAAUUUACUGUCAAAUUUAGAUGCCUUUUUUUUCUGUAUCAUUAUUAUGAGUUUAAUCUUGGUAGUGUUAGGAUCUUGCAUUUUUUUUCUUCCCAUUUCCCCCCCUCGUUUCGUGAUUUUCGUACCUUGGUGCUCAAGUGGUGAAAUCAUGCCAGAAUUAUGUACAUACAGCGGAGAUAUACCAAUCCAUAAUCCCUUUUUGGGGAAGCAAAAUGCUUUGGCUCAAGAAAUUUUCGUUUGCUUACUUUUCUCCAUUGAACGAUAGGUUUACUUCUCCCAGAUGCAACCUCUGUUGAGUUUUAUUUCUUUACGUUUUGUAAGUUUCCUUUUACCUCUCCAUAUGUUUAUUUGCUUAGACCGAGCUAAAAUUGAGUCGGAAAAUAUGGACGUUUAUUCUGCAAACAUAGUGUUAUCUUGUAUGUCGACUGCAGGUAAGGUUUGUAACAAGCAACUCUAGCUUGACUCCAUUGGUGCGAGCUGUGCUUAUCUUGUGAGGGCAUGAAGACGUGAAAUGGAAGAGUUUGCCUUGUUAUUUUAGUGAUUGGAAAAUGUUUCACAAUAUUUAUUGGACUUGUAUUUUACUUUAUUUUAUAUUUUAUAUUUAAUAUUUAAUGGUACAAUAUUACCAGUCAUGGAGUUGUGAAGAUUACAUUUCAUUUGGGACAUUAUAAUGUAUUAUAUCCUUUAAUUGUUUAAUUGAAUCCUCUAAAUUUAACUCUGUUUUAGUAUUUUUUGUCU